AUGGCCUUUACGCCCAGGGGCCCCGAGGCCUCGUUUUUCGAGGUUUUGGACCAGCACAGGGCUUCCCUACUGGCUGCCCUGAGGAGAGGCGGUGAGGAGCCCGCGGGAAGCGGGAUGCGCUUGGCUUCUAGUUCUGAGGUUCUUUCAUCUAUAGAAAAAAUUAUCCAAGACAUAGUCACAAGCUUGGCAAGAAAUGAAGCGCCUGCAUUCACAAUAGACAACAGAUCAAGCUGGGAAAAUAUAAAGUUUGAAGAUUCUGUGGGUCUUCACAUGGUAUCUCAUUGUACCACAAGAAAAAUCAAAAGUGAUUCACCAAAAUCAGUUAAAAAUUUUGCACUAAUUCUUAAAAUAUUUUCCAUGAUUUAUAAAUUAGUACAGAGCAACACUUAUGCAACCAAAAGAGACAUUUAUUACACUGACAGCCAACUCUUUGGUAACCAGACUGUUGUGGACAAUAUUAUCAAUGAUAUUUCCUGUAUGUUAAAAGUGCCGAGGAGGAGUCUGCAUAUACUGUCUACAUCAAAAGGUUUAAUUGCUGGCGAUUUAAAGUACCUCGAGGAAGACGGCACCAAGGUGAACUGCACACGUGCAACAGCUGUUGCUGUGCCAUCUAAUAUUCAAGGAAUUCAGAAUUUAAUUACGGACGCAAAAUUUCUGCUAAUUGUAGAAAAAGAUGCAACAUUUCAGCGCCUCCUGGAUGACAACUUUUGCAACAAAAUGUCUCCAUGCAUCAUGGUUACGGGAAAGGGGGUGCCUGAUCUGAACACAAGACUUCUAGUCAAGAAGUUGUGGGAUACAUUUCACAUUCCUGUUUUCACUCUGGUAGAUGCUGAUCCACAUGGCAUAGAGAUAAUGUGUAUCUAUAAGUAUGGAUCUAUGGCUAUGUCUUUUGAAGCCCAUAAUCUCACAGUUCCAGCUAUUAGAUGGCUUGGUCUCCUUCCUUCUGAUAUCAAAAGAUUAAAUAUACCCAAAUGUACUUUAAUUCCACUGACAAAACGGGACCAGAUGAAACUUGACAGCAUCCUAAAGAGACCUUAUAUUACUUGCCAACCAUUUUGGAGAAAAGAAAUGGAAAUAAUGGCAGACUCUAAAAUGAAGGCAGAAAUUCAAGCUUUGACCUUCUUAUCAUCAGACUAUCUUUCCAGAGUAUACUUACCUAACAAAUUAAAAUUUGGCGGGUGGAUAUAA